AUGCCAACAACCUGCACCUUCUUAAGACCCCUCAUCAACGAGGGAAUAGGCAACGUCGAACAGAAAGUAAUUGAAGUUCUGGAUAAUUUCCUUCAAAAUCUUAGUCCGGAUUCUAUUCGAGUCGCUACACAGGAAAUUGACAAGCUAAAUCCCGCGAGACACUUGCAGGAAGGGUGUAAGGUCCCGGACAACGACUUAGAGGAAUUCCUCUGGCAGACGUGGGAUGCAUUUAUCAGUGUUGCCCGGCAAGUUCCGCAUGACCACCCCUUUCAAGACCGAAUGGUAGACCUGGUGGAAGCUCUUACUUUGUUGCCUCCAUUAAAUGUAGAGAUUUGGCAGACAAACACUCGUUUAUGGACGGAUUUACCUUUGCUGGGUCCAAGCAUGAGGGAGGCUUGGAUUUCGCCAGAACCCACAGAGGGCCACCCUACAAACCAAAUGGCACAGGAAUGGAUCAAUUUGAAUGCGUUCGCAGCCCGACUUCUUAAGGUCGAUGCGGUAUCAUGGACCGUGUUUGGUAUAUGGGAGCUCCGUGAAGCCCUUGAGGAGCCAUCUGAGAUCUCCAGGCUCGAAUGCAAUGUACCGGCAGCUGCAGAAUGGAUUAGGCUGAGUGGUGAAUUACUCUACAGACAAGCAAUCCAUGGCACAGAGGGCAAAGAGGAAAUUCCCUCUGUUGCAACUGGAUCUUUAUAUAACGGUAAAAAUACGAUGUGUCUUGAAAGAUGGAAAUUUUGGAAGUGCCGUUUCGGUGAUAUCGGGGAGGAAGCUGAUAAGCAUAUAAGACAGGUUGCACUGAAAGCUAGGAGAGAGAUGGAGGUGAUAGAGCAAGAUUAUACAGGUUAA